AUGGAAGUUCAAAAUUUACUAGACAAAUGGAAUUCGAAUGAGCAAGUACAAACUAUCAAUUCGCUCUCGAAAACAGUACAGGUUGACCUAAGGAAACGUAAAUACGAUUUUGCAAGAAGUGAAGAAGCUCUUCAGCGAUUGGAUAAACGGAAGCCAAAGGCAAAACCAGAAUCCGACAAAGCAGCAGACGUCAACGAAAAUGGUUCAGAAUCUACUGAAACUAAGGGUGAUGCUGAGAAACGUGUUGGUCCUGCUGAUACUGAAACCUUCAAAUCUCCUAGAGAAAAAGCAAAAAAGAUAGACUGGAAAGAUAAGUUGUAUCUUUCUCCUCUGACAACGGUUGGAAAUUUGCCUUUCCGCCGAAUAUGCAAAGAGUUCGGUGUUGAUAUCACUUGUGGCGAAAUGGCAAUGGCUUCGAACAUCCUACAGGGUGCAAAUCAAGAAUGGGCUCUGAUAAAGCGACAUGCAACCGAGGAUAUAUUUGGUGUUCAGGUAAGCAUUUAAUAUCUUCAAUAUUUU